AUGAUAGCAACAAGAAAAUUAAAUCGAGAACGGGAAGAUUUUGAACAAAAUGCACCUGAUUAUAUAUUUGCUGAACCAAUCAAAAAUGAUAUAUUCCAUUGGCGUGCAACAAUUCUAGGUCCAUCUGAUACACCGUUUGAAGGUGGUAUAUUCAUUCUCGAUAUUAUUUGUUCUGAUGAAUAUCCAUUUAAACCUCCGCAAUGUACAAUGAAAACAAAUAUGUUUCAUCCAAAUAUUUCUUCAAUUGGUAAAAUAUAUAUUCGCAUUUUGGAAGAUGACUGGCGUGCGGUAUUAACAAUUGAAAAUAUUUUACUUUCCAUAUCAUCUAUUCUUGAUACUCCUGCCAUGGAUAAUCCUAUCAAUCAUGAAGCUGCUCGAUACUUUAGAGAGAAUCGUAGAGAAUAUAAUUCAAUUGUUCGAGAAUAUACAUUAAAGUAUGCCAAUGAGUUUCCCAUAUAUAAUGAAAAUGAGCAGAAUCCUCCUUCAGAUCCAGAUAUCGUAUAUACAGAAGUAAAUCAUUCUCUCUUUUGUGAUAUUCAUAAUGAAAAUGAGCAGAAUCUUCCUCCAGCUCCAGCUAUGGUACAUACAGAAGAAGAUGAUUUCAAAACGCUUCUUGAACGAACAGUUACAUAUCAGCAAUGUGAAGAAGGAGUAAUUUCAAGCAAAAUUGAUGCUUUUACUGAGAGACAUGUCAAAGAUGCGCAACAUAACAAACACGUCAAUAAUCAACAGUGUCCAGUUCAACUUAGUAGUCAAACAACUGAUAAUGUACCUGUUGUCAGUCAACUACAAUCAUUAAGUACACAAAAUCCUAAUUCAAGUGAAUUUUUACAUGCCAGUAUGACCAUUCUUAAUUACUUGAAAACUGUACUGCCAACCGGUGUUAUUAUAGCAGACAUUUGUAAACAAUUCAAUGAGUGUGGUGAAAAAUAA